UUUGCAUUAAGCAACUCGAAAAAUGUACAGCAAGGUCCAAGUAGUAUAAUGUUUUGAUCUCCGUGUUUUGCUUCUGUACUGUGACCCAUGGUCACUUCUCUUAAUCAUCCAUACACAAGGAAAUGGCAGCGCCGCUCAAAAAUUUUGCCAAAUCUACCAGAUUGUCAACCUUUUCCAUAAAAGUUUGAACGAGUUUAAGAAACUGUGGCAGCAGUGCUAAUCACCCUCGAGUCUCAACCUUUUGUAGCCAGAGUAUAGUAGAUACUGCCGCUGCUAAUAUUAUUGUGCACAACUCCGUCUUUAGACUCAUAUGGCCAUUACUAUACUCUGUUUUUUUUCAUCUGUCCAUCCGCCUAUGGUGUUUUUGUAUGGUAACACUGCUUCCCGGGCUUUAGAUAGUUACGCUAAUUGUAAGUUUUAGGUAAAUAAAGGAUAUCUGGGUGUACAUUUGUAACUGAAAAGUGUUUUAAUAAUUUACUGUAUGCGAAUUACACCGUUAAUAUUCGAAAUAGGAUAUUAUUAUAAUCGUUGAAUGUAAGCUGAAUGUAACUAUCUAAAGCCCGGGACGCAGUGUUACCAUACAAAAACACCACAGGCGGAUGGACAGAUGAAAAAAAAGCAGAGUAUAGUAGUCAGUGGAACCUCAGAAAUGACAAAAUCCUUAACAAAAUGAGUCAAAUCAACUGAGACUAUAAACAGAAAAGGCAUUGAGAUACUGACUGAAGCUAGGUUCGUACACUUAUGCAAACACGUAUACUCAGAUAUGUAUGUACUUAUUAUUAUUACUAUUGGAUAUCGUAACCAGACGGGUUUGUUCUUAAUAAAUAAAUCGUAUAUACUAGCAACACAUGUAUUUUAAUGAGUCGAUAAGACGAAAAUAUUGAUGAUUUUGAAAAAUUGUCGUUAGGGGAUUUAUUUAAGAUUCGAUAUUCGUUGUUCCCUUAAAAUUUACAAAUACAUAAAACAUGCUAAGUGUUAGUGUUGUUCUGCAAUCUGGGAUAAAAAAAAUGGUUUAAUGUUCUCCCUCUUUUAGGAAGUAUUUACUUACACCUUCGUAAAAUUUGAUGUAACAGACUAACUUGACCAAUACUAUCUAGAAAUACGAAGAAAAUGGGAUUAUGUUAAAAACAAAAUCUGGUCUAGAAGAAACAUAGUUCUAAUGAUGUAAAAAUUUUGAACUUGAGACAUAUUUCUUGCUCAGCCCAUCGUCUUGUUUUCAUCUGUAAUAAGGAAUUCUCUCCUCGUUCGUGAAAGGUGAACUUUUGAUGGGUCUUGCUGUCUUAGAUAUGCGCAUUGAUCCCUGGCAUUGAGAAUUUUAAUGUCACCCUUCUACUGUCGUUGUUGCUUAUUUCUUCUUCUGCCUGGAGCGAAAUGUAUUUAGAGCACUAUAUCAUUCUUCGUUUCAUCUUAGUUAGAGAAAGUGAGAUUGAUUUCGGUCUCUCUUCUCGUGGGAAAAGGAAAUUUUUUAAGUCUAUUCUCCCUUUUUUAAUAUAAAUUUUUCAAGAGCGGGACAACACAGUCACGAAGGACGUAAUCAUCUUCCCGAGUAGUGUGAUUCUCAUCAGUCAGUACCUGAGCUGGUGUCAUGACAAGGUCAUCCAUUCACACAGGUACGUAAAAACUGAUAUGUAAUUUUCCAUAGCUCCCCGCAAAGAUUAUGGCACUGUGGGGCGCGCCCUUGAGACAACGGCAAAGAAGGGAAUGUGGGAGGACUCUGUCGUUUUGUAGGCCGACUGAUAAACGCAGGGCGGCAUAAAAACCACAAAGGACAUGUAAAUAAUCAUGAGUAAUCAACUUUUGUAGGCCGCAUAACGCUGGCACGCCAUAUGGGACUACAAAGGGCAAGGAGCCAAAGAGGAGGGAAAGGGAGGCGAGAAGCAUAAAAUGUUAUUUCAAUACUGAAUCGAUGAUGUAAACAGCGGCUCUUGUGGCUUGUUGUCUCGAUCAUUCCUCUUCCUUACUCAUAGCCCAUAGGAAUGUUGACUUGAGUCGCUUGACAUGUUAAGGAUCUGCUAAAACAGACUUUACUAACAAAUGACUGAUUUCAUGUAGGCAGUAGCUUUCAGAAAUACCUUCAGCAUCGGAAAAGAAAUACCUGUGAUGGUGGUGGUGGUGGAGGAGGAGGAGGAGGAGGAGGAACUAGCCAUGAUAGGGACUCAGCCUUCGAGUCAGUGGCAGUCUUGCAGUUGCGUGGUAGACAGCGGAGUGGUAGCAGGUUUCACUCAGUGUAGUGGAAUUGCGCUAUGAAUAGACCCAAAACGGUUGAGGUUUAAUGCAAUUCGUUGUGGAGUGACACUGGAAUGUUCCACUUUCGUGUUUGAGACGUUUCAAUAUGUGGCAGGUAACGUUUGUAGUGACAUUUUACUUGAUUAAACUUAAUGACACACGCAAAGUGGCCUGCGAAAUAAGCAGUCAUUAACUCUCCCAGGGAAUUCAUGCUCCCGGGAGAGAGGAAAAAUAAUGAAAAAAAGGAGCUCGUGAGAGUGCACAAUAUGGCAGUGGGAGAGAGAAAUGGAAAAUGACAGUGACUUUAUCUAAAGUAUUAGAAUGACAUACAUGAAGUCCACCGGUAGGACCUAUGGGACUUAAGGCAAAGUCCUCCAUGAGCCGGCUUAAAACUACUGUAAUCUAGGCAUGAAGUUCGGUAGAAACGAUUACAGAACUUCCAAAAACAGUCCCGAUGAUCGCUUUACGUGUGAGGCGUCGAGGAGAAACAUGGAUGACCGGAGGCCUUUGAGAUCCACCUCCUCAGGGCCAGGCGCCAUCCUGGUGCCUAACAAUGGCCGCCUUCUUCACAACUUGAGUUCCCCCCUCGAUUCCCCGAUCUUAAACAACACCUACUCGUCCAAUGUGCCUUCCGUAAGCACUGCGGGAGGAGGCCUAGGUCUUUCGGCCCUUCAGGCCUCUUCUUUGAACUCUCAAGGCCAAUAUGCAUUCGAGAGAACCGACCAGCACUCAGGUAGGUCUAGAGGGAGUCCUCAUCUCCUGCAGAUAGAUCGCGCCUACUUAGAUCAACGCCACUACCUUCGCUUUCGUCUCCAGCCGAAGAUAAACCCGCAGGCGACAGCGACAACUGUGACGGGGACUGGCACGAGAUCCCUGGCAGGUGCAAUUAUGGCAGUCGGGGGCGGCGCAGGUGGCAACGGCUCGAGAUCGAAGAGCGCCGUGGUGGGUCGUGUCAGUGGUGGUGUGAGUGUGAGAGAGUUAACAAGCGGCAGCAGUGGUGCCGCAGGAGCAGGCAGUGGUGUUAGGGGCCAGAUAGGCGUAGGACCUGGUCAGAGCGAUCCCUUGAGCUCGUCCUUGCCUUUGGAGUGCCUGCGCAGGCACGGUGCCAGUGUUUCGAGCUUACCGGCGGUGCUCAGUGGCCCGAAGUUCAACCACAAACCGACGCAUCUGCCAUCCAAGAGUCGGAAAUAUAUGGCCAGCGGUUCUCUGCCCAAGAACGUCUUCCUCAGCAAUUUGGUCGACGUCAGAGCCUGCAACAAAUUCGCCGGCGGGAAAACCAGCGACAAGGGCGCAGCAGCACUCAGCGGGGGGAGCAGCAACGCGCUGACGCGCCCUUUGAUAGGGAACUCGUCAGAGAGCAGCCCUUCGGACGACUCCCCUUCUUCGCCUCCGUCGCCUCGCUCCCCCAACAGAGAGUACAACUAUCAACAGCAGCAGCAGCCGAUCCACACGAUCGCCCUGUGGCCCAACAUACCUCAGGUUCCCGUGAAGGACAAAGCAAUGGAGGAUACCAUGACAGGAAAUGGGUGCUGUGCUAAUUGCUGCACGAAAAUUAGGACCGCUACCUGCGGAUCGCUAAUCCUUCUACCUGUUCACAUACUCCUGCUGUUUGUCCUGGUGGGAUACCUGGCACUUGGGGCGUUUAUAUUCUCGAGGUUGGAGGGCAGCGCUUACGACGGCCAGUCUCAAGGGCGGCGCCCUAGCACGAUUCGUCUCCCGGGGACCCCGAAGUCCCAGGGCAUGGUCGAGGCCAACAAGGAAAUGGUCGAGAGGGUCCUGAACACGUCGAUGGAGAUGGUGAUGGAGAAGAGUGUCGACGCUGUGUUCGACGCCAUUCUCACCUCGCAAAGGAUGCAGAAUGCCAUCAGGGUCUUUGAGGCAUACAGAUUGCAAGAAUUGCCAUCCAACGAUCGACUGGAUAUUCUGAGCGACGAGGUCAUCACGGAGUGGCGACUUCGACUCUACAACCUCACUUUGCGUUACUAUUCCAUCGUGACACGACAUUCUUACGGCUAUGAGAUAGGACCCACGGUGAGAGCCGCAGCGUGGAAUAGCGAAGAACCGCCAGCCACUGCCUCGUGGACCAUUUGGUCGUCCCUCCUUCACGCCUUCUGCCUUAUCACGACCAUGGGCGGCAGCAUACAGGCCACGUCCAACGGAGGGCGCGCCACAACUGUCAUAUACACGUUAAUCGGCGUCGUAUUGUACGUGGGCGUCGUUACGUUAUGGGCGGCCAGAAUGACGACAGUGAUAGCACUGAUCGUAAAGAUAUUCUCCCGGAAAAAGGUGGAGUCGUCGGCCAAUGGGAAAAUGGUGCAGCCUGGGAGCUAUGAACAAACGUCGAUCUAUGCACAGCGUCUUUCACAAUUGCACCACAGUCCGGCUGGUCUGCUGAUCGUUGUAUUCAUAUUGUUUGUAUAUAUCCUAAGCGCUGGCGUGCACGUGGUUGGAGGCAAUGAUUAUGGAUUAGGAUUAGAAAACGUUCUCCUCGUUCUAGCAACCGUGAGACCACCGAAUCCACUCCCAGAGGGUUCUUCGAACAUCAUGGGAUUCAUAGGAUUUGUGACAGCGGGCCAUAUAUUAGUAGCGCUUCUCGUCUCUAUUGCAGUGACUUUAAGCGGACGGUGGUGGACGUCAGCGGGAACUACCUCUUGACUAAGCCCGAUCAGACCUGUUAGGUCUUAAUAAGCAGCAUUUAUAUUAAAUAUAACUUUUCACUACUUUUGACAUGAAGAUAUUGUUAUAUACAUAUUUUAGAAUUAGAUUGGUAUGACCGGUAGGAAUUGUAAAUACAAGCAAUAAAAUGUAAGC